AUGACUCACCUUCAACAUCAAAGUCAGGAUCUUCAGAUUCGGCCAUCACCACAAGCGGCUGCCGUUGCCUAUGCAGUGUAUUUUAUUCUAGUUGUAUUGCAAGUCGCAGUGAUCAUGAAUACGCAGAGGGACAAAUGCAAGGGAGACCUGUCAAAUGAAGAUGUAUCAUGUCUUGGAAGUCUUGAGUACUCAAUACUAGCAGAUAAGUUCUCAGGUUUCAUUUCAAGUAGCAUCAGCAGUGCAGAAUACGAAGCACUCAACCCCAAAAUGGAAAGGGCAAUAGGAAAGAAGAGCAUCAGAAGCCGAGUGGGCUUUGGAGAUCCGGGCGAUUUAUUGAAAUCCCACGGCGAAGACUAG